AUGUUGAAACCCUUGCCACAGACACCAAGUCAAGCUGGCUGCGCUUUCUUGGCCAAGACGGACUUGUCAAGCCACGAACGCUUGCUCCGCUCGCCGCUCGUGCAUCAGUCGCCGCUUCCAGCUGGGCUGCCGCACAAGCCAAAUGGCGUUCCGAUGACGCAGCAGAUGAGGGUUGGUGUCGCCAUGCCGGACCAUACCACUGCUGCACUUGAAGACUUUCCCAUUUCCUCGGCCUUGUCACCAACCCUCAGCAAAGGAUUUGGCUCUCACCCACGCCCGCAAGCAACGUAUUGCAGCCCAGCGAUGAGGAAGACGGUCAGACAGCGCAUGGUGCAAUGGCGAGUGGUCGCAGUUGGUUUGGUGCUGACUGGCCCAAAUGAGCUGCCAAAGCAAUCGUGA